AUGUCUGGACCUGUCGCUGAUAUGGGCCUCAUCGGCCUGGCCGUUAUGGGUCAGAACAUUAUCCUGAACGCUGCCGACCACGGUUUCACCAUCGCUGCAUUCAACCGUACCGUCUCCAAGGUCGACAAGUUCCUCGCCAACGAGGCCAAGGGCAAGUCCAUUGUGGGCGCUCACUCCAUCGAGGAGUUCGUCUCCAAGCUCAAGAGCCCCCGCCGUGUCAUGCUUCUUGUCCAGGCCGGCAAGGCCGUCGAUGACUACAUUGAGACCCUCAUCCCUCUCCUUGAGAAGGGCGACAUCAUCAUCGAUGGUGGUAACUCUCACUUCCCCGACUCCAACCGCCGCACCCAGUACUGCUCUUCCAAGGGAAUCCGCUUUGUCGGUUCCGGUGUGUCCGGUGGUGAGGAGGGUGCCCGCUACGGCCCUUCCUUGAUGCCCGGUGGUAACGAGGAGGCCUGGCCUUACCUCAAGGACCUCUUCCAGUCUAUCAGCGCCAAGAGCGACAACGAGCCCUGCUGCGACUGGGUUGGUGACGAGGGUGCUGGCCACUACGUCAAGAUGGUUCACAACGGUAUUGAGUACGGUGACAUGCAGCUCAUCACUGAGGCCUAUGACAUCCUGAAGCGUGGUCUUGGUCUCUCCAGCAAGGAGAUUGGUGAUGUCUUCGCCAAGUGGAACAAGGGUGUCUUGGACUCUUUCCUCAUUGAGAUCACCCGUGACAUCAUGUACUUCAACGACGACGAUGGCACCGCUCUCGUCGAGAAGAUCCUCGACAAGGCCGGCCAGAAGGGUACCGGCAAGUGGACUGCCGUCAACGCUCUUGACCUCGGCAUGCCCGUCACCCUUAUCGCUGAGGCUGUUCUUGCCCGCUGCUUGUCCGCCAUCAAGGAGGAGCGCACCAAGGCUUCUACCCUUCUUUCGUACGUGGGCCGCAACAGCAAGUUUGAGGGCAACAAGGAGCAGUUCAUCGACGAUCUCGAGCAGGCUCUGUACGCCUCCAAGAUCGUCUCUUACGCCCAGGGCUUCAUGCUGAUGCAGGAGGCCGCCAAGGAGUACGGCUGGAAGCUCAACAAGCCCUCUAUCGCCCUCAUGUGGCGCGGUGGCUGCAUCAUUCGUUCCGUCUUCCUCAAGGACAUCACCAACGCCUACCGCAACAACCCCGACCUUGAGAACCUUCUCUUCGACGACUUCUUCAACAAGGCUAUCCACACUGCCCAGCCCGGCUGGAGAGACGUUGUCUCCAAGGCCGCGCUUCUCGGAAUCCCAACCCCGGCCUUCUCCACCGCUCUGUCCUGGUUCGACGGUUACCGCACUAAGGACCUCCCUGCCAACCUUCUCCAGGCCCAGCGUGACUACUUUGGCGCACACACCUUCCGUGUCAAGGAGGAGCAGGCUAACGAGAAGUACCCUGCGGGUCAGGACAUCCACGUUAACUGGACUGGCCGCGGAGGUAACGUCUCUGCUUCUAACUACAACGCAUAA